GUUUAUGUAAUUGUGAACAGCUGUGCGAGAAGAAUACUGGAACCAUGUUAAAUCUGACACUCCGCCGUUUAGCUGGAGUUUCCUCGCGAAACCUGAAUCAACUGACACCCACAAGUUGCAACUUGGUACUGAAACUCUCUAAAGCCAACAUGUCGCAGGAGGCGGGACAGUAUCCGCCCAUUGAGUUCGCCAUGCGAAAGGCCCUGACAACAGAACUGAAGCCGGUCUACCUGGAGGUCAUAAACGAAUCACCGCAGCAUAACGUUCCCAAGCGGUCGGAGUCCCACUUUCGAGUGUAUGUCGUCUCGGAGAAGUUCAACGAUCUGUCUCUUAUCAAGCGUCAUCGACUUGUCAAUGAUACGGUAAAGAAUGCCCUAAAAGCAGCCGGUUUUGAGUUCAUGCAUGCCCUUUCUAUCGAGGCAAAAACACCCAAGCAGUGGGCACCCGAGCAACAGCCUGAGAAGAGUCCGCCGUGCAUGGGAGGCCACGGAAAGUAAACCCAGAAGAAACAGAAUCGAAAUCUAUGUACAAAGGACCUACUUUACUACUCACAAAACCAGCUUAAGCAAAAAAUACAACCGAAUCACCUAUGGAAAAA